UUCCACUUUGCCUCAUUAUUUUCGUCAGUUGGUGAUUUUUUUAACCAACGAAUUUCUUCUUUCGAGAAGCUCUUGACAUCAUCCUGUCAGUUUGUACACUUGUAGAUCAAUUACUAGCUAGCUAGUAUUAUAGUGUAACCAUGGCGACAAAGACUCGAGGAAUGGACCCUCCAGCGGAGAAUCGGACUCUGACUUCCGACGAUGAAAAGCCAGAGAGCGAUGACAGCGAACCAGAAGAACCCGUCGUGGAAGCCCCUCCGCCCACUCCAGUUGUGGACAAGAAGAGGGAUGAUCGAGCAUUGAAGACCCUUCCCGAGGCUGCGACAAAUGCUCAACCCAGUGGAGAACCGUCUUCCAGCGACUCGACGACAGAAUCCACCAAGCAAAAGACUACUGUCCAGAAGUCCAAGCGAACGUCCUACUCGAAAGAAUCGCUCAACCCGACCCAACAAGGCGAUUUGAUUCAAGCCGGUGUGGAUCCAGGAGCUAGUACCGAUGCCGACAAGAAGCCCCAUCAGCCAGCCUACAUUAGCAAACAACUCAAGGCCACGGGCUAUGGCGACAAAAUCAAACAGGGAGCCGCAGUGCCACGUGAUCAUAUUGCGCAACCGGUGGAUCCCAACGACAGCUUGGCCGACGUCUACAAGUCUCAGUCCACCAAAUUCAAGGCCACGGGAUUUGCCGAAAAACUCAAAGAGGGCUGUGAUGUCCCACGUGAUCACGUUGCUGCUCAAGAUCCCAAUGACAAAUUGGGAGACAUGUACAAGUCGGUGACCAAAUCGACGGGUCUGGGCGAGAAACUCAAAAAGGGGGAGGAUGUGCGAGCAGCGGCUCCUGUGGACAAGACAGAUCAGACGACGGUUGCCCCGUAUGCUUCCCUCAAGCUGAAAAAGACACAAGAGCCGAAACCAACAAAAGACGACGACAAAAACAAAAAGUAUUCGGCCAAAAUCUUGGAAACGGUCAAGCUCCAAAAGACAGAAACCAUAGUCAAGGACCCUACCGUUCACAGAGCCUCGCUGCCAGAGGUCAAGUUGCAAAAGACGACAACCGUUGUCAAGGACGGGAAAUCGGCCAAAUUUGAAUUGCCGGAUGAGUUUGCCAAAGCCAAGGACAAGUUGAAGCGACGAAAGGGUAGUCACUGGUACUCGGGAGAAGUUCCUACAGCCAAGCCAGCCAAGAAAUGGUUCUUUCAAAAAGGGGAAUGGGACGAUGGCACCACCGCCGCCAAGCCUGCUAGCAAAACUCAAGCCAAAAAGUCGUCCUGGUUCUUCGGAGGAAGCUCCUCGACGUCUCAUGUGGUUGCCGAACAGCCUCUUCCCAACAAGUCAACACCAGCCCCAGCAAUCUUCCGUGGAAGCAAGACCAUGCUCAAUACGCACAAGCCAACCAUCCAACAUUACCAUAUCGUCCCCGAAGAGAAAAAGGGCAAAAGCGCCGUCAAACCAUUCAACAAAAAUUAUUACAAUGAAAUUCAGCGUCGCCGAGGACUGGAACCGAAAAUGUCGCGCGGCAGUGGGCUCUGUACACUCUUGAUGGUGAUGGUGGUCGUCCCUCUCCUGUGUGCCGUAACGCUCCACUAUGGCAAUGAACACUACCCCGAGCAAACAGAACAGCUGUGGCAAACUCAUGUCGAACCAAUGGUGGAAAAGGCGCGGCCCCAUGUCGAUCCGGUCUGGGAACGGGUCCAACCUCAUGUGCAAAUGGUUGUGGAACACGUCCAGCCACAUGUGGAAUACGCCGUGGAAAAGGCCCAGCCUCAUUUCACUGCUCUUGUGGAAAAAGCUCAUCCCUUGGCGGUGUCGGCCGUGGAUCGUGUCUGUGGCUCGGUGGAAGCUUUGGCGCUUCCGGAACAGCACGAGAAAUGGUUGAAGCCCGCUCACAACCUGGCCAUGGAUGGAUGCACUUGGACGCGUAAUGGGCUGACGCCUAGUGAACAAAGUGAAGAGGACGAAACAGAAGAACUAAAGAAGGAAUGUGACUGCGACUCACUGCCACAACGCAAGGGAUUGAACAAGUUGCUGCCUCGACGUAGAAAAGAGCAAGACGACAACGAAUGCCAUUGUGGAGCCGACGAAUUGUAGCAUUUCGAAUCAGUGUUUCCUUCUUUAGAAAACCCACAAGCAGCGAGACCCCAAAGACGCGCAAACAAACGACAAACACAGGGCUACAGUCGAGCAAAGCGCCUUGGGUGGCAUAGAUAGAAAGGCUAACAACUAAACGAAGGGUGGGAACAGACAGGAUAGGACACGGUAGCAACACAAUAGCAAGUCUAUAACAUUUGCGUAUAAACCCAUAGUUCCGUCCUACGCCGGUACCGU